AUGGGAAUGCUGAACGUUUGUUUUGAUGACGUCAUCUCCCGGCGACCUAGUCGCUCCUGCCUCAUGUAGCCAAGAUGCCUGCCAAGCGGCAGUCGAACGACAGAAACACGACGAAAUGGAGGAAAAAGGAGAAACGAGGCGAAAGCGCCGUCAUGAACCCCGACAUUGAAGACGCCGUCGUCCGCAGCGCGUUGAGCGAAGCGUGGAAGGAGAAGACGAGCUACUCUCAUGGCGGCGUCGAGCUGGACUGCGACCCGUUCCGUCACUGCAGGAUCCAGAACUUCAUUCACAGCCAGGGUUUCGCGCAGAACCUGCGAGACGAACUGCUUCAGCUCAGCUUCCACAACAAGUCCAACGACCUGUACAAAUUCAAGCAGUCGGAGGAUCUGAAGAGGAGAAAAGAGCAUCACAUUUCUCAGAUGAGGUCCCUUAUUUUUGUGCAGUUCCGCUCAUGGUUGGCUGAGGUCUUAGGAGUGGAUUUAGAGCCAACCGUUGACAUAUCCUGUGCUAAGUAUGAACACACAGAUGUGUUGCUGUGUCAUGAUGAUGAACUCGAAGGGCGGCGGGUUGCGUUCAUUCUUUACCUGGUACCUUCAUGGGACCUGAGUGAUGGAGGAACGUUGGACUUGUACAGCACUGAUGAGCAUUAUCAGCCAGUGAAUAUAGCGAAGUCUCUGCUGCCCUCUUGGAACACACUGAUGUUUUUUGAAGUGUCUCCUGUCUCCUUUCAUCAGGUUGCUGAGGUUCUUGCUGAAGGGAAGUGUCGUUUGUCUCUCAGCGGUUGGUUUCAUGGCCCCUCCCUACCAAGACCCCCACGUUACGUCGAGCCCCUGCUUCCUCGUCGUACACACAUCCCGAGAGAUGAGAAUGUAUUAUUUGAGUGGGUGAAUGAGACCUACAUGGACCCCCUGUAUCAGGCACAAGUGCAGCAGGAGUUUGAGGCUAAUUCAGAAAUCCGCCUUCCAAAUUUUCUGCAGGAGGAAAAAUUUAAGCAAGUGAGUGAAGCCUUACGAUUGGCUGAAGUACAGUGGGAAAGGAGAGGCCCACCUAACAAGAGGUGCUAUGCUCAUGCAGAGCUUCAGAGCUUGCCGGCAUGUCUAAAGGAGUGCUGGGAUCUUCUUUCCUCUGAGCCAUUUUUCCUCCUGCUCUCCAACCUCACUGGCCUCUCCCUACACUAUUUGGCUGUGGGAGAUGAAGAGAAUGAGAGUGACAGUCAGGGUGAUGAGAGUGAUGCAGAGAAAGAAGAGAGAAACAACCAAGAAGGACAAGGCACGAGUAGUGCUGCUUCAUCAAAUGAGAAACAAGACAAAGGACCUCCAAUGUGUGUUGGUGAGCUGCGUCGCUGGGCGCACGGUAAUUACACACUGCUGCAUGAUUCUGUGGAGAGGGAGUUUGCACUGGACCUGCUGCUUCACCUGGGCUGCAAAGGUUGGAAGGCAGAGUUUGGAGGCUUCACUUCCUAUAUUGCACAUGAUGAAGAUGAAGAGCUCCUGACUGUGUAUCCAGAGGAUAACUCCAUGGCUCUGGUCUACAGAGACAAAGAAACUCUCAGGUUCGUCAAACACAUCAAUCACAGCAGCGCUGACCAGAAAGACGCAGCGUUCUACGAUUUCUCCUUUACUUACUAUGAAUGAACAAGGCUGGAUAUCAAACGUGGACAAUAAAGAUUCAAAUCACAGAAAGUUGCACUAAA